AUGGUGGAUGAAUUGUCGCUUGUGCAACCAGAUCUUUUGGUGGUCCCGCUCAAGGAGCCGAUGGUUGGUGUGGCGUGCAAUGACUCGACUUUUGAAGCGCAUGCCUUCGUCGAUCUCACACUCAACCUCCAAACGGCAGCAGGACCCGUGAAGACCCCUGGAAAUCGCCUUUGCUAUGUGGUCCAUAGUGGCGACGAAUUUCUGGCAUCCGAUGAUACGCUCAAGGCAGUGGCAAUUGAUAUCAACCGACUCCUGGAACAGGUGGCGACCUUACAGCUGGACAAUGGCGACGACUUGGGGGAGGAUGGUGACGCUCUUAAGGAGCUGUCCCAUUGCUCAACCGUCCGGGCCAACUCGGCCAUGCUAGGACUACCUGACGCCAAGGAUGCCGUCGAACAUUUCCUCCAAGAGCUUGUCGAGGAAGCCGUGGGUAACGGAUUCCCCAAUGAAUUUGUGCAACAUUUGUGGCGUGUUCUGACCAAACAUGACACUUGGCGCGCGAAGUUUGAUGGGUCCGAUCCACCCGCGCGCGUGAAGCCAUUAAAGGUGACGCCUAAGGAAGGUGUUCCGUACCGAUGUAAAGGUCGGAAGCACAACCUCCUUGAGGACAGGUUCCACAAUUUGUUUGCGCGAGUUAUGCGACGCGGGGGUGAUCCGGAGCAACCAGCAGAGUGCGUGGUGUUGCCCAGUCAACCCGGUCAUGAAACCCGAAGGAAGGAAGAAACUUGA